AUGGCCGCAGUUUCCGCAGCCGCAGUCUUCGCUCCCGGCACCAUCCACGCAGAAGAGCGCGCUGUCGACAUCACCAACCGCAAGCCCAUCUACGACGACAUGCCCCUCGACACCACGGCCCCAACCCUCCCCUCCCAAGAACCCACCCCCUCCCCCUCCCAAGAAGCCUCCACCCCCUCCACCCCCUACCGCCCAACCCCAACCGACCUCCUCGCCACCCAAAUCGGCCGCGCCCGCCUCUCCCUCUACCAGCAAACCGUGCGCGCCGAAUCGGCCCUCGACGGCGCCCUAACCAAAACCCUCAACCUCGAGCACUCCUUCACCAGCACCCUGCGCUCCCUCGCCCCGCCCCCCGAAUCCAACGAGCGCGUCCUCCCCGGCGCACUAUACGUGCUCGUAGCCUCAAUGGCCGGCUCCAUCGUCACACGCAACCGCAACAUCCUGCUCCGGGCCUCGGUGCCGCUUGCCGUGGGUCUGACGGCUGCGAACGUCGUGUUGCCGAUUACGUCGCGGAAUGUGGGGGAUCUGGUGUGGCGGUAUGAGAAGGAGUAUCCGGUGUUGGCGGAUGCGCAUGUGAGGACGAAGGAGCGGGUUGAGCGGUUCUUGGAGACGGGGAGGGCGCAUGCGGUUGGGACGGCGGCGAUGGUGGAGGGGAAGUUGGCGGAGACGAGGGAGGGGUUGGAGGGUUGGGUUAGGAAGGGGCGUUGA